AUGCGUAGCAACCUUUGCACUCGACGCAGCCGCGCCAGCUACGACUACCUCGUCGGAGCCAGCGACGGCCGGAGUCUGGGCAACACCAGCAACAACUUCGUCUACCACUCCAACCGGAAGCCGACGGGGGGCAGGAGCUUGGAAUAUCUUGACGGGGACCAGAACCGCAUCUCGAAUGUCGCCCAAAACCUUGGCGACCAUCACGACGACCCGCACUGCUUCGACUCCGACAGCGAUAGUGGCGAGUGCCUCCUCGAUCACCAGAUCCGACUGCUGGAAGCGAAGAAAUCGGCUGCGAGCUCGCGCAAGUGCGCGAACCCGGGCCCGGUCGGCCUGCUCGGCUUUGGCCUCUCGACGAUCCUGCUGAACCUGCACAACACCGGGAACUUUCCGCUGUCGACGGUGAUCGUCGCCAUGGGCAUCUGCCUCGGCGGAGGUGCGCAAGCCCUCCACUGCUGUAGGUUUCCUUCCCUCCUCUCUUCCGCUUUAUCGUUGUUCUCUGUAGACACACACACACACACACACACACUCCCACUGAUGCACCUGCUCCUCUCCUGCACUCUGGAGUCGACUCAGAUCGCACCCGCACCCGAAAUAAGUGGUCUCUCUUCGCCCAUUCUCUCUCUGCGUGUCGACCCUGCUUCGCGCCCCGCAGACACGCGCACGUGUUCGUGCCGAAAGCAACGCAGGCAUUCAUGCCUGCACGCCGCUGUGCAUGUCCGCAUGCGCGUGUGCGUGUCCUCGCCGCGCGGUGAGGGUCAAGCGUGGCGAAGUACAAACGAAGCGUGCAUCAACGUCGUCGACGUCACCACGUCGCUUCUUGGUUUUUCGUUGUGUGCAAAACCCGCUUCCAGCCCCACUCACCCACCCCACCCCCUCCCACAUGUGAAAAAAAGAGCAAUGCAACGCGCAGAGGUGGCCCGCUGGUGUGGUGCGCGGCAAGGCCAUUGUGUGCGCGUCAUUGAUGGUGGGCGUGUGUCUGUGGAAGGAGAGGCGGUAAGUCUGGCGUUAGCCCGCCGACUGAUGUCGCUCGCUCUUCUCUGCCGCCGCUAUCCCCCACCCCAUGCGGAGAUGUCCAACACAUACGGCUACACACGCCCAAACGCAGGCAUGUGUGUGUGUGUGUGCGCGCGCGGGCAUUUAGGUACGUAUGUGUGCUGUGGUCUGCUUGCCUCCUCCUCCUCCUCCCUCAUCUUUCUCUCUCUCUCCCCUCGCUUGUCUGUGUCUGGUGCCCCGCCCCCAUCCCCCUCCCUCUACCGCCCCAAAACCCGUGUCCGUUGCUCACGACUGGACGACAUUGAACCUCUACCCCCUGAUUUGGGCAUACCGGCGUGCAUUUUCGUUGUUGGCCUGUUUCCUCUCGCCUGCCCUCCCUCCGUCGGCAUCAUUUCAGCUGCCGCGCAUCCGGAGCUCUCUGCGUCCCUGCCUCUCCUCUGA